CGGAGACUCGAGAGAAGAGAGACUGCUGCCACCCAGAGACCUCUCCUCCUCAUCUGUUCUUCCAACCCUCCGCAUCUCAGCAAACGCCCGCCCAGCAGAAGCUAAAAGGAUACGCCACAGAAUUACAUGGACUCUCCUUGCAGGAGAUUCGAUUCGGUCAUCUGCUUGAUGUGAUCAUAGCUCUUGGUUUGUAGUUUCCAUUAGCCAUAACAGCAAGGAGUUCCGAAAUGCUGAGAAGCUCCACGGUUCUUCCUGUUGCUUCCUUGACCGAACAACUAUAGUACUUAUGAGGGGAGGUACUGUUUAUUUAAACCUGCUCAUGCUCUUAUUCUUUCUCAGAUGACUGUCAAAUAUUGGCUGCAAAUCUCACUCUCAUGUCAUGAAGAGCAUAAUCAUUGGUCAGUAAAAGACCUGUAAAAUGAAGUGUUUAUCAGUACAGGUCUCCUGGAAAUGUAUUUCUCUUGGUCUAGCUGAAUUCAUUCUUCUGCGUUCCGUAGGAAAUUCGGAUGAAUUUUGCCGUUGUCAGGUGUGCCUCGGGAAGUACACGCUACUUGGGGAUGAAGAAAACCCAAGAUUGGCGAUGUUUGAAAGACGGCUUCCCUUCUUUGGUUGUGGAAUUGGAUGGUGUUGUUUUCUUUUAGGUUUCCUGUGCCCUUUAAUCUGGUACAUAGCGGCUCUUCUUUAUUGCUGCAAGUACUACAACCGGGAUCCUCGAGAACGGCCUGGGCUUUGUGCUUCUGCAUUUCUGGCAAUCAUCUUUACAGCAGUGACUAUUCUUACCCUUUUUGUUUUACUGAUAAUUUGUGAACACAAGCGAUUCUUGAAUGGCUGUGGUAGCGGACUAAAAAUACACAAUAGCUGGCUACAAGAUAUUCGUUGCAUAUCCAUGACAAAUGGAGUACUUGACAGAAAUACUAUUUAGGUUAUUUGUUAAUCUAUUGGUUGAAUUCCCAGGAGAAAUCGAAGGAUUGCCCUUAGCGUGAUAGCAUGUCGGCACUGUCCGCUAUCACCUGCUGUUUAGUGUAGAUUGAUGUACAAUUUUGUACUGGCGGAUGAACCUGUUGUAUAACAUUAUUGUACUGCCAACCCAUUGGAAUUUAUUAUUUCUGGCGCAAUCAAAGAUUACAUGUGCAAGCAAA